GCAUCCUACAUUCCCACCUAUUCCACUCUUUUUUACGCAAUUCCAAAUCAUUUCCUUUUCUCUCUUCCUCCAUAUUAAUUAAACAGGAGGUCAGAAAAUAAAAAUAAAGAUUAUAGCAACGCAAUGAAGAUCGUCCGUAAAGAUUACAUUCACGGCGGACCUGGCAGCGUCAAGAUGAUUCCAGACGAAGCAGAUGAUUUGUGGAUUGCUUACAAUUUGAUUGCUGAAGGUGAUUCUGUUCUAGCUGUCACUGUUAGGAAAGUAUUGAGAGAGGCAACUUCUGGAAGGAGGGAUGCAGAGCGAGUUAAACUUCGGCUGGAAAUCAAAGUAGAGGCAGUGGAUUAUGAAAAAGAAGGCUCCAUCUUACGUUUACGAGGAACAAACAUUUUGGAAAAUGAGCAUGUUAAGAUAGGCGCAUUUCAUACGUUGGAACUUGAGCUUCAUCGACCCUUUGUGCUAAGAAAGGAUGUCUGGGACUCCUUGGCAUUGGAUAUGCUCCGUCAAGCAGCAGAUCCUGCUGCCAGUGCUGAUCUAGUAGUGAUAAUAAUGCAAGAGGGACUUGCACACAUACUUUUGGUUGGUAAAAGUGUAACCAUCACCCGUGCUCGAAUAGAAGUUUCAAUUCCUCGGAAACAUGGUCCUGCUAUUGCUGGAUAUGAAUCUGCCUUAAAUAAGUUUUUCGAGAAUGUUAUGCAGGCUUUCCUGAAACAUGUGGAUUUCAAUGUCGUCCGCUGUGCUGUCAUUGCAAGUCCUGGAUUUACGAAGGAUCAGUUUCACCGUCACCUGUUGCUGGAAGCUGAAAGAAGACAGAUGAGAUCUAUUAUAGAGAACAAGUCGCGCAUAGUUCUGGUGCAUACUACUUCAGGAUACAAGCAUAGCUUGAGGGAGGUUCUGGAUGCACCAAACGUAAUGAGUAUGAUAAAGGAUACGAAGGCAGCGCAAGAGGUCCGUGCCCUCGAGGAGUUCUUCAACAUGCUAUCAAAUGAUUCAGCUCGUGCAUGCUAUGGUCCUAAACAUGUAGAAGUUGCUCAUGAGAGAAUGGCUGUCCAAACACUACUUAUCACAGAUGAACUAUUCAGGAGUGCUGAUGUAGCAACACGGAAAAAAUAUAUCAACUUGGUUGACUCAGUCAAAGGUUCUGGAGGAAGCGCGUAUAUAUUCUCGUCCAUGCAUGUGUCAGGGGAGCAAUUGGCGCAGCUGACUGGCAUUGCUGCUAUCCUUCGCUUCCCACUCCCUGAUCUUGAUGACAUUGAAAUGUGAUGGAACUACUUUCAACAAUGGGAGAAGCAUUGUGUACAACAGUAUCUAGUGGACAAUCUAUUGCUUAAAAUUGUAUAUCCCUGCUUUCUUACCAAUUCCUUGUUCUUCAGAGGCUUAAAGUUGCGGUAUAUGACUCAUUUUUGCUUAUUGUUGGACAGUUUUAUUGCUUAAAAUUGUAUAUCCUUGCUUUGUUACCAAAUCCUUGUUCUUCAGAGGCUUAUAGUUUCCAUAUAUGACUCAUUUUGCUCUUUGUCAAUGUUAAAAAGUAAUUGUAUUAAGAUAGAUUUACUUUAUUGUAACAUACCCUGUAACAUUAUACAUUCUAUAAUUAAAUAAUUUUUUUUUUU